CAUUCAAUUAGGCGAGGUGUUGCAAUCCAGACAAUUUAUUCAACUCCAUUUCCAUUCUAUCAACUCACCUCAAAAGAGGUAGCUUUGGCUACUCCAUUGAACUGCAACAGACAAAUGAAAAGGAGUCAACAAUCAGUGCCAUUACAUAGAAUUGUGUUUUUGCAAACCUGAGAGCUAUGGAUUGUUGGAAAGCAGGGAGCGAUAAGAAAUGGGUAUAUCCUACACUGCUCUUGUGCAUAUACGGAUUUUUUGCUACAAUGAAGCCUGCAGAGCCCUUUCUGACGCCAUAUUUAGUUGGACCAGAUAAAAAUUUCACGAUUGAACAGGUUACGAACCAAUUGUUCCCCAUUUGGACGUAUUCAUUCUUGGCACUACUGAUCCCAGUCUUUUUGUUCACUGACUACCUAAGAUACAAACCUGUCAUCAUUAUACAAGGUGUUGCUUUGGUGAUUAACUAUGUAUUGCUAGUCUUUGCAGACGGAAUGAUGGCUAUGUGCUAUCUUCAAUUCAACAAUGGUCUUGUAUCAGCUACAGAAGUCGCUUACUACUCAUAUAUUUACAGCGUCGUUGAUGCUGAGCAUUACCAGAAAGUGACCAGCUACUGCCGAAGUAUUACUUUGACUGCUUAUACGGUGGGAUCAACAAUGGCACAACUUUUAGUUUCACUGGAAGUUGUCUCCUAUUUUGAUCUAAAUGUCAUUUCAUUGGGAUCAAUGACUGUGGCCCUGUUGACAUCGUGUUUUCUACCCAUGCCGAGGCAAAGCAUAUUCUUCCAAAGUUCAGAUAAAUCUUCAGAUGACACAAUAAAAUCAAACACUUCCAAUGGCUGCAUACACCUCAAGAAAAAUUUGCAAGGAUCCAGUGAGAACACUUUCUUCUCUGAAAGAAAAUGGUUAACCCAUUGGCUGAGUAUAAAGGGGAAAAACACUUUUCUAAAGGUGAUACUUCAGCUAUGGUCUGAUUUUAAGAUUUGUUACUCAUCAAGAAAUCUGCUUUAUUGGUCAUUCUGGUGGGCCAUAGGUACUUGCGGCUAUUAUCAGAUUUUCAAUUAUGUUCAAGUGCUCUGGGAUCAUAUUGCACCAUCCAAGAAUGUCUCAGUAUUUAAUGGUGGUGUAGAGGCACUGACAACUCUUACAGGUGCCAUUACCUCCUUUGGUGUCGGCUAUAUCAAGCUGGACUGGGCUGUCUGGGGAGAACUGGUGCUGGGAAUCUUCUCAGGAGUUAGCAGUGCUGCUCUAUUCAUCAUGGACACUACAAACAACAUCUGGGUUUGCUAUGUUGGUUACAUGAUAUUCAAAGCCUCGUACAUGCUGCUCAUUACCAUAACCACAUUCUGUAUUGCAUCAAACCUUUGCAUGGAGCGUUACGCCUUACUGUUUGGGGUAAACAACUGCAUGGCACUAAUACUUCAGACUAUCCUGACUAUUGUUGUCGUUGAUUCGAGUGGUCUGGGGCUGGACAUUGUUACCCAGUUUCUGAUCUAUGGGAGUUUCUAUGCUUUGAUUGCUGGCACCUUCCUGCUGAAAGGGGUGCACACUUUCAUUCAACACAGAUUGAAAAGAAAGGAGAGGAAUCUAGAAGAAGACGUAACAUCUAUCACUUUGGAUCCUCCAACUCAACAGAUGUGUAUGAGCACUAAGCUAUAAAUUGAGUAAGGAAGUUGGACGGGAAGAAAUGCAUUUCACAGCCACCUGAACUUUCCAAUGUAAAAUUAUUCUCGGGUUACACUGUACAGUCCCUGAAAUGUCCCAUAAAUGUGCCAAAGUCCAUGCUGACUCAUAAGAAAUUUAGUUGUUUAGCAUAUUUGGUUGUAAUUAGGGUAAUAUAUAUGAGUUCUGUGUGUGCAAUUAAUUGAACCUUACACAGGAAAUCAAUGUGCAAAGCCCAUUGGCUGAACACUCCCAUGCAACUCCCUACCUUGUAUGAUGUAGGAAAUUUUAAAUAGGUAUCACCUAAAACCCUUGAAAGCAUACCGUCCAGGUGCAUGCCAGCCUGGUAUGGCAACUUCUCUGACCAGGGCCAUAGGAAACUACACAUGACGGUGUACAUAGCCCAGACCAUCACAGAAGCCAACCUUCCAUCCAUGGACUCCAUUUACAUGGCUCACUGCUGUGGAAGGUCAGCCAAAAUCAUCAAAGACCCAUUGCACCCUGGUAAUGACCUCCUACAACUUCUUUCGUCAGGCAGAAGAUACAGAAGCCUAAACACAUGCACGAGCAGUUCAGGAACAGCUUCUUCCUGGCUGUUAUGAGACUGAUUAGUGGCUUCUCUGGCCUCAAAUCACGCUGAUCUUGUGAAUGUUGAUCUCACCUUGUGCACGCCUUAUGCAAUGUAACCAGUAUGCCUCUGUCUAAGUCUUUUUUGAU